AUGAUAAAAAUUCUGUUUGUCGUAACACUACUAACAUUAGUUAUAGUAGCAACAAUUAGUUCAACUAAUGUUUCUGUAGCCAAAAAUGUUGGAAGCUCUUCUACUACUUCAAAUAAUGGAAUAAAACAUAUAUCUAUGCAAAAAGUUAAAUAUCGAUGUAAUAAUAAUAGUAGAAGCAGAUAUAAGUGUCAUGGUAAACAUAACAAUAUAUCAACAACGUCAAGAAGAAGACAGCGCUCGUUACCAACAACAGCAAAUGAUACAUUAUUCGAUGAAGAUUGGGGAACAUAUUGGAUCGGUUUAAUAACAAUUGGUACGCCAGGUCAACCAUUCUAUGUUGAUUUUGAUACUGGUUCAAGUGAUUUAUGGGUACCAGGUGUACAAUGUGGAAGUUCUUGUGGUGGUAAUCUUACUUUCAAUUCAAAUUUAUCAAAUACAUGUAAUGUUACAAAAAACUCGUUCUAUAUCCUAUAUGGUGAUGGAAGCAAUGUAAAUGGGACGUGGGCUGCUGAUACAGUUAAUAUUGCUGGUAUAUCGAUUCCUAAUCAAAGAUUUGCUAUUGCUACAUCAGCUAAUGGAAUGAGUGGAGGUGCGAGAGAUGGAUUAUUAGGUAUGGGUUAUCAAAAUAUUGCAACAGGUGGUGAAGAACCACCUAUUUGGGCGAUGUAUCGACUUGGUCAAUUAACUCUUCCAUUAUUUGGUUUUUGGUUUGGACCAAUAUCAACGGGUUCUGACACAGGUGAAUUAAUCUUAGGUGGUUAUGAUACUACAAAAUAUACAGGUUCUUUUACAUAUGCACCAGUUAGCGUUCAGGGCUAUUGGGAAUUUAUUGCUGAUAAUAUUAAAUUAUCAAUUGGAUCAACAACAAAUACAAUCGCUACUUCAAUUCGUGCCAUUUUAGAUACAGGAACAACAUCGGCCAUGGCGAUUCCAUCAGCUUAUCUGAAUACAAUAAAUGCGUUGAUAGGAGCUACAUACGAUUCAAAAACGAAAUGGUCUAUUGUCGAUUGUCAGAACAAGAGCCUAUCCGAUUUCCCAAAUAUAACAGUAACAAUUAGCGGAACUCCUUUCACAUUGACACCAUUGAUGUAUAUUGAUAUCACUGGUGGUCCUUAUACAUACAAAUGCUAUAGUAUGAUCAGUCCACUCGAUGUAAAUGAUCGACAUUCAAAUCCCAUAUGGAUACUUGGAGAUUAUUUUCUGAGACGUUUUUACAGCGUAUAUGAUAUGCAACAGAAUCGUGUUGGAUUAGCUUUGUCAACUUCUUAUUCAAUUGUACAAGCAGUACCCAAGGGCCUGUUUCCCAUGACUACGACUGUCAGUCCUUCGCCAACUGCGACUGUCAGCCCUUCGUCAACCACGACAAAUACUCAUGGUAAUAGUGGUAAUACUGGAAUUAUUGUUGGUAGCGUUGUUGGAGGUGUAGUUGGACUUCUUAUUGUAGGUAGUAUUAUAAUUGGUGGUUUAUUUCUCGCUUUUGGUAUGAAUACAUCUCUACUUUCGAAUGCCAAUUAUGUUCGUUUUGGCGUUUCAAAACUCACUGGAGUUGGUACAUUUCGAUCUGGACCAGUCGCGAGAUUUUAUCCAACAGCUGGUAAUACUGUCUUUGGCAAAGGAGCAGACAGUCUUGGUAAUUUCUCAGCUCGAGGAGUCUUUUCACCACGAACACAAAAAAUUGCAUUUGACAAAGUUUAUCAACCUACGCUCUAUCAUAAAGGACAAAAUGGUGCUAAAACAAUGAGAGUUCAAGCACAAUGGAAUGAAAAAAGCCAAGCUUUCGAAGGGAAAUAUUAUUUAAAAGAAGGGUCACAUCGUCAAAAAGGAAAAUAUAUUCUUACACAUGCUUAG